AUGACCACGUUGCUUUCACUACCGACCGAACUGAUUUCCCAUGUUCUUCUCUUUAUCCCAAUACCAUGGACACUCCUCUCCCUCUCCCUUACUUGUCACCGUCUGCAUGCUCUUGUCCUUCCCUCCCUGCUCCACCGGCUUAUCUGUCUGGCCGAAUCCGAUGCAUCAGUCUUCUCAGACCUAGCGGAGAAUAAGCGGCUUGCGAGGGAAGUCAGAGGGCUCGCGGUCAAUGACACAGGGGAGAAGGAGCGAAGCGAGUUCUGGAAAGUGGAAUUCGGGCCUAGGCUGGGAGAGGAAGAGAGGGCGCUGGCUGGGUACCGGUCUGCUUGGACCUUACUGGAUACGGAGAAAGCUCGGCAGGAGAACACACGCCGAGUUAGGGAGAUACUCCCUGCUGUGGGAAAGGGAUGCGUGAACCUCGAGGAGCUGAGGCUCAAAGUGGGCGAACUGAGGCCUUGGACGGGGUUUUUGCGUGGGUUCUAUGGUGAUGAAGGAUGGGGGGCAGAGGAGAGGGAACUCAAGUUCGUCGAGGUUGUUGAGGAGCCGGGGGAGGAAGCAUGGGCUUUAGAGGACGCUGUGGAACUGCUGGAAAUGUUCGGAGGAUUGGAGGCAUUCGCAUGGGCGAGCGCGACCAUCGUCCAAGCGAGCCAGCUUAUCCGGUAUAUUACCCAGCUAACCAGUCACUGCCCCACCCUCCAUUCGCUGUCAAUCUACGUCUUCUCAACGAUCAACCCUAUCCCCUCCGCUCUCCCUCUGUUCACCGCCCGCCUGCCUUGUUUGCGCUCCCUCGACCUUGGACACAUCCAGAGCACGCCUCUCAUGGUCCCUUUUCUAGAGGCCCAUCCACUCCUCGAACAUGUGAGCAUCCAGUGCGCCGGGCACGCCGAGAUCUCGCUCCCAGAAAACGCACUCCCCCGUGUGCAGACAUUCGACAUCGUCUGGCUCACCUCGGCUCAGCUGUACACCCAAGUCUGCAUUCCCCUCCCCUCCGGAGAGUUGAGACCGCUCCAAGCACUGAGCAUAACCGCAGGCGCGUUCAGGGAUGAGAACACGAUCGAAGACCUGUGUGAGGCCCUCAGGGGCCAUAAGAGGAUCAAGGGGCUGAGAUGGGAGGACACGAGCAUGCAGCUUAGUCACCGGCUAGGCCAGGUAGGACAAGCAUGUCCGACGAUCGAGAAGCUCAGUAUUCUCGCUUUCUACCUUGAUCAGAGGCUGCCAGAGAUCGCUGCCGCCCUAUCCCAUUUCCCUUCUCUCAAGAAGAUCCUGAUCGGCCGGGGCAGACUAGAUCUGGAACACUGUGCUCAGCUACACGAGUCCUGCCCCAGCUUGCGACAGAUAGGCCCUUGGGAGAGGGUAGAUGUCCCUCCUUCUGAGGGACGGAGUGGAGGGCUUCGAUGGCGACAUAUGGGUGGGCAGGGGUGGGGCUUGCCGAGAGGGCCAUGA